AUGGAGAAAAAAGAAAGCUCAAAGUUGAACAUCGCAAUAAUUCACCCGGAUCUCGGAAUCGGUGGAGCAGAGAGAUUAAUUGUUGAUGCUGCUGUAGAACUUGCAACUCGUGGACAUCACGUUCAUGUCUUCACAUCACACCAUGACAAAACACGCUGUUUUGAGGAGACUGUUUCUGGUAUCUUUCCAGUUACAGUCUAUGGUGCCUUCCUACCACGGCAUGUUUUCUAUCGUCUACACGCAGUGUGUGCAUAUCUUCGGUGUAUUUUUGUUGCACUUUGUGUGUUGUUCAUGGAUCCUACUUUCGACAUUAUACUCGCAGAUCAGGUCUCUGUUGUUGUUCCACUCAUGAAGUUGAAAAAGUCAUCAAAGGUCAGACCAAGAUCGUGUGAUCAAGCUCGAAUAGCAAUGCCUGAGCUCGACCGAAUGGCCUUGAUCGAGAAAGGGAUACCUCAAGCUCAGCCAAAGUGGUACAACCCUCAACUAGCCAGUAAAAGCUGCCAACCCAUGAUACUGAAUCUUGAGAACAUCAAUCAAUCAGGGUCAAAAGGCAUAUUGACUUCCUUUGCUGCAAUGGAUAAGGAGGUGAAAAGCUAUUUAGUUGGUGUUAAAGGAGAAUCCUUCCGACAUUCUCAAUGUCCCAACCAUUCAAGAGUGGAAAUGAUAGAUUUCUUUCCAAGAGUUACAGUGUGCGAUUAUGGUGGGAUUCACGUUGCUCUGAAAAGAAGCUUAAACUCUGAGACUUUUCUGGGUGUUUGGAAGAUGGUUUCAGUCGAGCGAUCUGCAGUUACCCCGAGUAAAAGUAGGUGGGCUCGCACUUUCUCUAAGAUUUUGCACAUUGGAGAUGUGACAGCGAAAGGUUCAGAUGAUCGAAUCAAAAAGACUAUAUCCGAAGAGAAGAUAAUUAAUGAUCCGAUUAAGAACGCCCAACUUCCCUCGGACAAUGAAGACAAGGAGAUUCGAGAUAGGGCAGUUUUGGAAGCUUUUCUUUCCAAACUGUUUGCUAGCCUCUCUACUGUUAAAGCAGCAUAUGCCCAGUUGCAGUUUGCGCAGUCUCCUUAUGAUGCUGAUGGGAUUCAAUCUGCAGAUCAGAUUAUAGUUUCAGAGCUAAUGAAUUUGUCUGAACUGAAGCAUUGUUACUUAGAGAAUCAAUUGAAUGACACGUCUCCAGAGGCUACUCAGAUUUUGGCCGAAAUUCAAGAGCAGAAGAGUAUACUGAGAACUUACGGAAUUAUGAGUAAGAAAUGGGAUUAUCAGCUUAAACUUAAAGACUCUGAAAUAACCUUUCUUAAAGAGAAAUUAGCAGAAGCGAACAGAGAUAAUAAGUCACUCGAGAAGAGAUUAAACUCAAGUGAACAGUUAGCCGUGCCUGACAAUAUUCGUUUAUCUGCGUUAAGCCCCAGCCAUUUUGUAGCAUGUCUUGGGCAGUCAAUAAAAUCAGUUCGGAGUUUUGUGCGAUUGCUAAUUAGUGAGAUGGAAUCUGCAGGGUGGGAUUUGGAUGCUGCAGCCAGUUCGAUUGAACCAGAUGUUUUUUUCUGGAAGCCAAACCACAAAUGUUUUGCUUUUGAAUCCUUUGUUUGCAAAGAAAUGUUUGAUGGUUUUAAUUACCCAAAUUUCUCAACCGAACACGAGUCCUUGCUUGAGCAGAAAAAACGACAACAGCUAUUCUUUGAUAAAUUCAUGGAGUUGAAAUCUGUUAGACCAGCUGAUUACUUAGCUGGGAAGCCUAAAUCUACAUUUGCAACGUUUUGUCGCACUAAAUACUUGCGACUUAUGCACCCAAAGAUGGAAGCAUCUCUUUCUGGCAAUUUGGAUCGGUGGAAAUCAGUGAAUUCAGGCGAAUACCCGGAAGUCCCCUUCUUCCUGUCAUUUGCCGAGAUGGCAAAGCGCAUAUGGCUUCUACACUGCCUGGCGUUAUCUUUUGAUCCCGAAGUCUCAAUCUUUCAAGUGACCAAGAAGAGUCGUUUUUCGGAAGUUUAUAUGCAGAGCUUAAGCGAUGAGGCUUUCUUGUCAUCGGAUGGCACACUCGAAAACAACCCUCGUGUGGCUUUCACAGUGGUUCCAGGAUUCAGGAUCGGGAAGACUGUUAUUCAAUGUCAGGUGUAUCUUAACUGA